AGGAGAAGCGCAGACGAGCGGCAACGCGGCUCCCGUCUCCAAUCCCGUCUCUGCCACCCGAGUCGCUCUCUCUCUCGGCCAACUUUCCGCCGCCGCCGUCAUGCUGACCAGCCGCCUCCAGUGCGCUCUCGCCCUGCUCGUCUCGGUCGCCCUGGCGCUGAGCACCGUGGCCGCCGCCCCCUCCGACCCGAGGCUCCGGCAGUUCCUGCAGAAGUCGCUGGCCGCCGCCGCGGGGAAACAGGAACUGGCCAAGUAUUUCCUAGCAGAACUUCUCUCAGAACCGAACCAGGCAGAAAAUGAAGCCUUGGAGUCCGACGACGUGUCUCGCGGUGCCGAGCAAGACGAAGUUCGGCUGGAGCUGGAAAGAUCGGCCAACUUGAACCCGGCGCUGGCGCCCAGAGAACGCAAAGCCGGAUGCAAGAAUUUCUUCUGGAAAACGUUCACGUCCUGUUAGCUUUUGAGAUUUCUUCCUUUCCCCCCUUCUACCCCCACCUCAAGUCUCUCUCUUCUCCC